CCAACAUACAUCCAGAAGAUCCUUCGCUGUGUGGUGCUGAUCAAGUCUGUAAUGCGGCUAUUAACUUGCAACAUCAAACACUUGAGAGCUACUCCCAGCCCAGACCUCGCUCCCUCAUCACACACACACACACGCUCUCGUCCUCUCUCAGAUCAACAAGUACACACACGUUACGUAACUCCAUUCAGAUAACCUCCUCCUCGAUUAAUAAGUGAGGUGACACGUUACAUUACUAGUUCUCUGCUUCUUCAAUUGUCAACCAGUCUCAGCAACUAAUAAGUCUACAUCUUCGUAUAGAUUUCUCAACUUGCCCCCGACAAAAUGUUAAUACCUCAAUAAAUACAGUGAAAUCAAGCAGAAGCUAACAAUCCAUGUAAACUUAUCGUAUCGUGACACCUGAAUCGUGUAAUGUUAAAUGUGUGACAAUUCUAAAAGGUUUGCAUGUCGAGAGAGACUGCUGAUUAAUCACUCUUCUGACCAAACAAACGUCACUUUGAAUGAGUAAAUAUGUGUGAACAAAAUUACAUUUUGGUUCAACAGAAUAAUAAAACUAGAUCUCGUGUGACUGUCAAAGCGUGUUACUACUAGAGCCAAAAUAGGAAUAACUACAAUAAUUAUUCAUCCAAUUUUUGUAAAUUGUCUGACUAAGGAAAUAUUUAGUUUAAAAGACUGAUAAAUCGAGGCAUGUUUUAAACGAGGUGUUGUUGUUAGUUUGAAAUAGUCGUUGAAUGAUCAAGCUGACCAAGAGUGGUGAGAUACAAGACGCUGGUGAAGAAAGUAGGGGCUACGGAUGAGCCGAGUGGGUGGGGUGCGAGAAAAAGGUCCCUGGAGAAAGUGGCGAGCAGUUGGUGGAUGUCAACAAAUAUGACAGUGAAUGCUGUGCCACUAGUGCCGUCGUCUCAAGAGAAAGCUCUAUCGCCGAUGGACAAAGUAGGUUUGGAGGGCCCACCGCAGAGCAUGAAAACCCGAUUUUUCAUUAACGACAUCCUCUCCUCAGACAAGGAUGGACCGGACAUUGAGCGUGGAUUCUCUCCAGGAAACCCCUCGUCCGAACUCCCCAAAGACUUGUCAUUCCGAAGAUCCACUUGUGGCGACUCUUCCGACUACGACGACUCCGAAUCCAUCAAAGGGAGUCAUGAUAAGGACGACGACGACGAGAGCACUCGGAGCGAGGGGGGGACGACGGUAAGCCAUCAUCACGAGCAUCAUCGCGGCGGAAUAGUCAUCCCCGGCUCUAACCACUCCUCCAUUUCCAAGAAACAGAGAAAAGCUAGAACUGCUUUUACUGAUCACCAAUUACAAACGCUGGAAAAGUCGUUCGAGAGACAGAAAUACCUCUCCGUUCAGGACAGGAUGGAGUUGGCAGCAAAGUUGAAUCUGACGGACACCCAGGUCAAGACGUGGUACCAAAACCGACGGACUAAAUGGAAACGCCAGUCGGCUGUCGGGUUAGAACUCUUGGCAGAGGCCGGAAACUAUGCUGCUCUUCAGCGGAUUGGAGCCCUUUACUCUGGUGCCCCUUCUCCCUUCUCCUCCCCCUGGGCUCAAUUCGACGCCGCUGCCCGACAAGCUGCGGCCUCUGCCAUUCCAAAACCAAUGCCGUACAGAUUGUACCCAUCCCCGUUUCCAUCUCCAGCGAUGGCGAUGGCUGCAGCCUUGGCAGCGCAACAACCCACCCUCCCGGCUUCGUCCUCACUCCAAAGUCUGUCUGCGUUCUACAACGGUGGUCACCAUCACGGGGGGAGGGGAGAACACCCCCCAAGUAGCAGUAGUCCGACCAACAGUCACUCACCCCAAACCAACCACGACGACCCGGACGACAGAGACAUUCCUUAAUUAUUAUCCAACAAAUUAGGUAUUCAUUCCGCCAACUAACUAUAUUAUAUUUACAUGUAUGUAUUAUGCAACGUAUUACCAACUAUUAUCGUUAUUACUGUUAUUAUUUAUAUCAACUCUCAACUUGAUUUAAUUGCUUGCAAAGUUUCAGUCAUGCAUUUCUUUAGUACUCACAUACAGCAAAAUUAUAGUUCCAACACUUGCUUUGGGAGCUAUAUAAAUACAUACAUACGUAUCUUUGGUUGAUUCAUGGGUGAUCAACAAUAAUGAAUUUGGGGAGAGGCGUGGCGAGGACGAUAUUAGUAUAAAAAUACGACAUAAAAAUGCGACAACAUGGUCGUUGGCUAAUUACCUGGGUCAUGUCGUUGGUUGUCGAAGCUUUUGAUGGACUAUGCAAUGUUUUGUAUUGCCACUACAUUAGAUAAUUAAGGUGAUUUAUUAGCACAAGCAUUCCCAUAUUACAUUCCCAUCAUCCAAUUUAACUAUUUGUUCAUGUAAUAGUGCUAAAUAAACCCACUUCAACAUGUAUACAAAAUUAUAUGUAGACGAAAGUUACUUGUGUCAACCAUAAUUCGAUUCAAUGUGAGAGAAUGAUAUUAAUUAGCGGAUGAAGCAACAUAUGUAAUAUUACCUGUAUCUUCUGUAGUUGCGCAUAAUGAUACGCUAUUAUCAUUAUGCUUACAUCUACUACACAUUUACUAUAGUGCCCGCCCUCAUGAUUCUACGGAAGUGAGUACGAAACGCUGCAAAAAUGCAUUUCAAGCACACUUUUGUCAAUGACUUUGACUAUGCUAAUUAUGUAUGUUAAUGCAUAAUGACUACAACAUAUGUAUUUAUAGAGUAACCGGGAUGCUUAUAUUUACCUGCUUACUCAGAGUGUGCGAUAUAGUUACAUACAUACGUAAGUUACAGCUGGUAUAUACAUAUGUAUUAUUUAUAUUUGGUAUAAUUACUAUAGUUAAGAUCUUUAAGAAUUUUUGUUGUGUGCCAUUCGAGGUUCCAUUAUGUCUCGAAGCAAUUUAUAUAGCUCCGUUAUUACUCCAAAACCAAGCGAUAACUUGAUACAUUGUUACGGAUUACCCCGUUCCGUAUAAAAUUGCUUUUGUGUAAGGAGGACAAUCUCAAACUAAUGGAAAUAAAAUAUAGCAAAAACAUAUAAACGUCAA